AUGAAAGCCGGUCUUUUCCUCGCCACGGCCUCGAUGGCCCUAACCGCCUCAGCCCACUACGUCUUCCCUGCCCUCAUCCAAGACAACGCCCCAACCGGCGACUGGAAGUACGUCCGCGACUGGACCGGCUCCUACGGCAACGGCCCCGUCGAAGACGUAAGCAGCCUCGACAUCCGCUGCAACAAGGACGCCAGUACCGCGGGCAACGACACCGACACCCUCCCCGUCACAGCGGGCUCAGACAUCGGCUUCACGGUGCGCAGCGGCAUCGGCCACCCUGGGCCGCUCCUCGCAUACAUGGCCAAGGCGCCCGGCGACGCUAGCGACUUUGAGGGUGAAGGCCAGGUCUGGUUUAAGAUUUACGAGGACUUCCCGACGGUGGGCGACAAUGGACUUACAUGGCCGAGUAACGGCGCAACAACCGUGAACUUCACGAUCCCGGCGUCCCUGCCCGACGGCGACUACCUCCUGCGCGUGGAGCACAUUGCGCUGCAUGGGGCGGGUACGGAGGGCGGUGCGCAGUUCUAUCUUUCUUGCGGGCAGGUCAGCGUCACUGGUGGUGGGAACGGGGAUCCUGCGCCGCUGGUUGCGUUCCCUGGCGCUUAUGACCCGACGGAUCCUGGGAUCCUGAUUAACAUUUACUGGCCGGUGCCGACGAAUUAUACGCCGCCUGGGCCGAAGGUUUGGAGGGGGUAG